UCCUUGCUGUCCUGGUCCCGCCCCUGCCAAGAGCUCCUGCCGGAAGAUGGCGGCGGCCGCGGAGUUGAAGCUGCUGGAGAAGUCCCUGGGACUGAGUAAAGGGAACAAAUACAGCGCUCAGGGCGAGCGCCAGAUUCCAGUUCUUCAAACAAACAACGGUCCAAGUCUAACAGGACUGACUACUAUAGCAGCCCAUCUUGUCAAGCAGGCCAACAAAGAAUAUUUGCUUGGGAGCACCGCAGAAGAAAAAGCAGUAGUUCAGCAGUGGUUGGAGUACAGGGUAACUCGAGUGGAUGGGCACUCCAGUAAAGACGAUGUCCGCACUCUGUUGAAGGAUCUUAAUUCGUAUCUUGAAGAUAAAGUCUACCUUACAGGAUAUAACUUUACCUUAGCAGAUAUCCUGUUGUACUAUGGACUCCAUCGCUUUAUACAGAGGCAGAAGAUUCUCACUGCUGAUAAUCUAAGUAAACUGAGCCAACAGAGAUGGACUUUUGAGACUACCCAAGACAAUGUUAAAAGAUCAGAUAUUGAUACAGUAGUAUCCUCAUGUCCACGGUAAAAAGGAAGGCAGGAUGGUUGACCUGACAGUUCAAGAAAAGGAAAAAUAUCUUAAUGUGUCUCGCUGGUUUUGUCACAUUCAGCAUUACCCAGGGAUCAGGCAACAUCUGUCCACUGUUGUCUUCAUCAAGAACAGACUAUAUACUAAUUCC